AUGAGAGCCCGUGCUUCCUUGGUGUUUGAGGCCGGCCGUGGCAACCUCGACUCGUUCCUCGCCAGAGCACUUCGGUACGCAACAGACAGAGGUGAAGGGCCGACACUAGUAAACUUGGUCUUCAUGCAGUCUCCUCAAGGGACUCAAAAGCUCUUCUCGCCGCGAGAGUUCGAUGCCUUGGAUCGACGUCUACCAGUUUGGUUUGGAAAUAAGGCCAAUAAGGCACCCUCUGGGGUCCAAAGAAGAGGCCCCGAAAAAGAGUACAGUACAUUGACAUGUGGGUAUCGCUUAGACCUUGUUAUUCCCCCCGCAUGA